CCCUGCCCACCCCCGCCCGGCAGCUAAUCCCUUCCGGCCGGUUCUCUCGCUCGGUCUCCUCCGCUGAAAGCACCACGGGCCUUGUAUCGUUUCCUUCCACUCUCUGCGUCCCUACGUCUGUCCGCUCCCAUCUUUCCACGAACGCACGACGCACGCCCCGCCUCUUUCUCCCUCGAUUUGUCGUGCAAAUUCUGCGCCGAACAGCGCUGCGGAUCGGCGCUUCAUUCCCUCCCCCUGUGCACGUCUCAACGGCCGACGCCGGGGGUCCGCCUCUUCAGCCAACCGGCGUCCUAGCGCCUGCUCCGGCACGUUUUGGGGGAGGUGCCUGCAGGACCCAACGUACUCAAUGAGCUUCCAGCGCAAUGUCCGAUCGCUCGGGGCCGACUGCCAAGGGGAAGGAUGGAAAGAAGUAUUCCUCGCUCAACCUGUUUGAUACGUAUAAGGGCAAGUCCUUAGAGAUCCAGAAACCCGCUGUUGCCCCUCGCCAUGGCCUGCAGAGUCUUGGGAAAGUUGCCAUUGCCCGGCGUAUGCCACCCCCAGCCAACCUUCCAAGCCUGAAAGCCGAGAACAAAGGCAAUGACCCCAACGUUUCACUAGUGCCGAAAGACGGAACAGGAUGGGCAAGCAAACAGGAGCAGUCCGACCCCAAGAGUUCCGAUGCCUCAACCGCUCAGCCGCCGGAAUCGCAGCCACUGCCGGCUUCACAGACGCCUGCCUCCAACCAACCGAAACGACCCCCAGCAGCCCCCGAGAACACUCCUUUGGUUCCAAGCGGGGUAAAGUCCUGGGCACAAGCCAGCGUUACCCAUGGAGCACAUGGAGAUGGUGGAAGGGCAUCAAGCCUACUGUCACGAUUCUCUCGAGAGGAAUUUCCGACCCUGCAGGCGGCUGGCGACCAGGACAAGGCUGCCAAGGAAAGGGAGUCUGCCGAACAGUCGUCUGGGCCCGGACCAAACCUCCGCCCCCAAAAUUCUACAACUUGGAGGGACGGAGGUGGGCGUGGCCCUGAUGAGCUGGAGGGCCCGGACUCCAAACUUCAUCACGGCCAUGAUCCCCGGGGCGGGCUGCAGCCUUCGGGCCCACCCCAGUUCCCUCCCUACCGCGGGAUGAUGCCGCCUUUCAUGUAUCCCCCAUAUCUCCCGUUCCCUCCGCCCUAUGGACCCCAGGGGCCUUACCGAUACCCCACUCCUGAUGGGCCCAGCCGGUUCCCCCGUGUGGCGGGCCCCCGGGGCUCAGGGCCACCAAUGCGCCUUGUAGAGCCUGUGGGUCGGCCUUCCAUCCUUAAAGAGGAUAAUCUCAAAGAGUUUGACCAGUUGGACCAGGAGAAUGAUGAUGGUUGGGCAGGGGCCCAUGAGGAGGUCGACUACACUGAGAAGCUCAAGUUCAGCGAUGAAGAAGAUGGGCGAGACUCCGAUGAGGAGGGAGCUGAGGGCCACAAGGAGUCCCAGUCAGCUGCUGGUGAGGAACGGCCCCCUGAAGCAGAUGGCAAAAAGGGCAACUCCCCCGGCAGCGAACCGCCCCCUCCCAAGACGGCCUGGGCAGAGACCUCUCGGCCUCCAGAGACAGAGCCGGGGCCUCCUGCACCAAAGCCUCCCCCACCCCCACCUCACCGGGGCCCCGCCGGGAACUGGGGCCCUCCUGGGGACUACCCAGAUCGUGGGGGCCCUCCCUGUAAGCCCCCAGCGCCUGAGGACGAGGAUGAGGCAUGGCGGCAGCGGCGAAAGCAGUCUUCAUCUGAGAUCUCCCUGGCCGUGGAGCGAGCCCGGCGUCGGCGAGAAGAGGAGGAACGACGCAUGCAGGAGGAGCGCCGGGCAGCCUGUGCCGAGAAGCUCAAGCGACUUGAUGAGAAGUUUGGGGCACCUGACAAGCGGCUCAAAGCAGAGCCUGCUGCCCCACCUGCUGCCCCUCCUGCCCCAGCUCCACCACCUGCAGUCCCCAAAGAACUCCCCACACCUCCAGCUCCUCCACCGGCACCAGUCCCAACACCAGAAAAAGAACCAGAAGAGCCAGCACAGGCUCCCCCUGCCCAUUCCACCCCCACUCCAGGUGUAGCUGCAGCUCCCACCCUGGUGAGUGGUGGCGGCAGUACCAGUAGCACCAGCAGUGGCAGCUUCGAAGCCAGUCCAGAACCCCAGCUGCCCCCAAAAGAGGGUCCUGAACCACCAGAAGAGGUUCCUUCUCCUGCCACACCCCCAGCCCCAAAGGUGGAACCCAAGGGUGAUGGGGUUGGCUCCACCCGGCAGCCCCCUAGCCAGGGCUUGGGCUACCCCAAAUAUCAGAAGUCGUUGCCGCCUCGUUUCCAGCGGCAGCAACAGGAGCAGCUCUUGAAGCAGCAACAGCAGCAGCAGUGGCAGCAGCAUCAGCAGGGCUCUGCCCCACCUGCCCCAGUGCCCCCAUCACCACCACAGCCUGUGACCAUGGGGGCUGUGCCAGCUCCGCAGGCUCCUCCACCACCCCCUAAGGCCCUGUACCCAGGUGCUCUGGGCCGGCCCCCACCCAUGCCCCCAAUGAACUUCGAUCCCCGCUGGAUGAUGAUUCCUCCUUAUGUGGACCCCCGGCUCCUCCAGGGCCGGCCCCCUCUGGACUUCUACCCUCCUGGUGUACAUCCCUCUGGUCUAGUUCCCAGGGAGCGUUCAGACAGUGGGGGCUCAAGCUCAGAGCCAUUCGAGCGCCAUGCACCCCCUCUCUUACGGGAUCGGGGCACUCCACCAGUGGAUCCAAAGUUGGCCUGGGUAGGAGAUGUCUUCACCACCACACCUGCUGACCCCCGUCCACUUACCUCACCACUGCGCCAGGCUGCUGAUGAGGAUGACAAGGGGAUGAGGAGUGAGACUCCUCCAGUACCUCCCCCACCACCCUAUCUGGCUAGUUACCCAGGCUUUCCCGAGAAUGGAGCCCCUGGGCCCCCAAUCCCUCGCUUCCCUCUGGAGGAGCCAACUGCCCCAGGGCCCCGUCCACUCCCCUGGCCCCCAGGCAAUGAUGAGGCGGCCAAGAUGCAAGCUCCACCACCCAAGAAGGAAACCCCCAAGGAGGAGACUCCACAGCUAAUAGGGCCAGAAACCAGCCGAAAGCCUGCCCGCGGAGUUGGGGGCCAAGGCCCUCCACCACCUCGCAGAGAGAGCCGCACUGAAACCCGGUGGGGCCCUCGCCCAGGCAGCAGUCGUCGUGGAAUCCCUCCAGAGGAGCCAGGGGCCCCUCCCCGCCGGGCUGGUCCUAUAAAGAAACCCCCACCACCUGCAAAAGUCGAAGAGCUGCCUCCCAAGCCCCUCGAACAGGGGGAUGAAACCCCCAAGAUCCCAAAGCCAGACCCACUCAAGACGGCAAAGGGGAAGAUAGGGUGCCCCAAGGAGACCCCACCCUCUGGGAAUCUUUCCCCUGCCCCAAGGCUUCGGAGGGACUAUUCCUAUGAAAGAGUGGGUCCUACCUCUUGCCGGGGUCGGGGCAGAGGCGAGUAUUUUGCCAGAGGGAGGGGUUUUCGGGGGACCUAUGGGGGCCGAGGGCGGGGAGCCCGAAGCCGAGAGUUCCGCAGUUAUCGAGAGUUUCGUGGAGACGAUGGGCGUGGAGGGGGGGCAGGGGGACCAAACCAUCCCCCUGCUCCCCGAGGCCGCACUGCCAGUGAGACACGAAGUGAGGGUUCAGAGUACGAAGAAAUCCCCAAGCGGCGCCGGCAGCGAGGCUCGGAAACGGGCAGUGAGACCCAUGAGAGUGAUCUGGCCCCCUCAGACAAGGAGGCUCCCCCACCCAAGGAGGGAGUACUCACUCAGGUUCCUCUUGCUCCGCCACCAUCAGGAACCCCGCCUUCGCCAGCCCCAGCCCGCUUUUCCACUGCCCGAGGUGGGCGAGUCUUCACUCCCAGAGGUGUGCCUUCACGCCGGGGCCGAGGUGGAGGACGGCCUCCUCCACCCAUUUGCCCAGGUUGGAGCCCUCCAACCAAGUCCCUGGCUCCCAAGAAGCCUCCAGCAGGUCCUUUGCCACCAAAUAAGGAGCCUUUGAAAGAAAAGCUUAUCCCAGGGCCUCUGUCCCCCAUGGCCCGCGGAGGCAGUGGUGGAGGCAGCAACAUGGGCAUGGGUGUGGAAGAUGGGGAGCGGCCCCGAAGGAGGCGCCAUGGGAGGGCUCAGCAGCAGGACAAACCGCCUCGGUUCCGGAGGCUGAGACAGGAGCGAGAGAAUGCUGCCAGAGGGGCUGAGGGCAAGCUCUCUUCCCUAGUCCUUCCAGUCUCCACUCCUGGACCCGAGGAGGCCCUCACUACAGUAGCAGUACCCGCACCACCUCGCCGGACAGCUGCCAAGUCUCCUGAUCUGUCAAACCAGAACUCAGACCAAGCCAAUGAGGAAUGGGAGACUGCGUCAGAGAGCAGCGACUUUGCUAGUGAGCGCCGGGGGGACAAGGAGGCUCCCCCGCCAGCACUGCUGACCUCCAAAGUUGUGGGAAGUUCUGGAGGCAGUGGAGGCGGAGCCGGACCAGGCAUUUCAACCAUGUCCCGCGGAGACCUGAGCCAGAGAGCCAAGGAUUUGAGCAAGCGGAGUUUCUCGAGUCAGCGGCCGGGCAUGGAAAGGCAAAACCGGCGCCCAGGUCCAGGCAGCAAGGCUGGCAGCGGUGGCAGCAGUAGUGGAGGUGGUGGGGGUCCUGGAGGGAGGACCGGCCCAGGGCGAGGGGACAAGAGGAGCUGGCCCUCUCCCAAGAACCGAAGCCGUCCUCCAGAGGAGCGUCCCCCGGGGCUUCCUCUGCCUCCCCCGCCCCCCAGCAGUUCUGCUGUCUUCCGCCUGGACCAAGUUAUCCACAGCAACCCCGCUGGCAUCCAACAGGCUCUGGCCCAGCUCAGCAGCCGCCAAGGGAGUGCAGCUGCACCAGGGGGGCACCCAAGGCCUAAGGCUGGGCCUCCCCAAACCCCUCAAGGCCCCUCCCCUCGGCCCCCAGCCCGAUAUGACCCUCAGAGGGCCAACAACAACGAUGUCAAUUCAGACCCCCACCUCGAGGAGCCAGAGCCGAUGGUGAGGGGGGUGGGCGGGACUCCCCGGGACAGUGCCGGGGUUAAUCCCUUCCCCCCCAAACGUCGGGAGCGGCCUCCCAGAAAACCGGAACUGCUACAGGAGGAAUCUUCGCCGCCACCUCAUAGCUCUGGAUUCUUGGGCUCCAAGCCUGAGGGUCCGGGCCCUCAGGGAGAGUCCAGAGAUGCAGGAACUGAGGCGCUGACCCCUCACAUCUGGAAUCGUUUACAUACUGCCACUAGCAGAAAGAGUUACCGGCCCGGCUCCGUGGAGCCCUGGAUGGAACCUCUGAGUCCUUUUGAGGAUGUAGCUGGCACAGAGAUGAGUCAGUCUGACAGUGGGGUGGACCUGAGUGGGGAUUCUCAGGUGUCAUCAGGUCCCUGCAGCCAGCGAAGUUCCCCUGAUGGAGGACUCAAGGGGGCAGCAGAGGGGCCCCCCAAGCGGCCUGGAGGCCCCUCACCCCUGAAUGCUGCUCCUGGUGAGGGUCCACCUGGUUCUGAACCCUCUGAACCUCCUAGGAGACGGCCACCUGCCCCCCACGAUGGGGACAGAAAGGAGCUGCCCCGGGAGCAGCUUCUGCCCCCUGGCCCCAUUGGCACAGAACGAUUGCAGCGUACAGAUCGAGGCCCAGAGCCUGGCUCCCUCCGGCCAUCCCAUCGACCUGGCCCCCAGGUCCAGUUUGGCACUAGUGACAAGGAUUCGGAGUUGCGCCUAGUGGUAGGAGACAGUUUAAAAGCAGAGAAGGAGCUGACGGUAUCAGUCCCUGAGACCAUUCCCAUAUCCCGAGACUGGGAGCUGCUCCCCAGUGCUUCUGCCUCAGCUGAGCCACAAUCCAAGAACCUGGGUUCUGGGCACUAUGGCCCAGAGCCCAGCUCCUCAGGCCAGCGCUUGUACCCUGAGGUCUUCUAUGGCAGCCCUGGGCCACCCAGUUCUCAGGUGUCUGGGGGAGCCAUAGACUCUCAGUUACAUCCCAACAGUGGAGGCUUCCGCCCUGGGACACCCUCACUGCACCCUUACAGAUCACAGCCCCUGUACCUCCCACCGGGCCCAGCCCCUCCCUCGGCACUGCUUUCUGGGGUAGCUGUCAAGGGCCAGUUUCUGGAUUUCUCAGCACUGCAAGCAACAGAGCUGGGGAAGUUGCCAGCUGGAGGAGUUCUCUACCCUCCACCUUCCUUCCUCUACUCUCCAGCUUUCUGCCCCAGCCCUUUGCCCGACCCACCUUUGCUUCAGGUGCGCCAGGAUCUGCCAUCCCCCUCAGAAUUUUAUUCUACUCCUCUGCAACCUGGUGGCCAAAGUGGCUUCCUCCCCUCAGGGGCCCCUGCCCAGCAGAUGCUUCUACCCAUGGUGGACUCACAGCUGCCUGUGGUGAACUUUGGCUCUCUGCCAGCAGCGCCUCCUCCUGCUCCACCCCCCCUUUCUCUGUUACCUGUGGGUCCUGCUCUGCAGCCCCCAAGCCUGGCUGUCCGGCCCCCACCUGCUCCUGCUACUCGGGUGCUGCCUUCACCUGCCAGGCCCUUCCCCCCUAGCUUGGGGCGAGCAGAGCUGCACCCAGUGGAACUAAAGCCGUUCCAGGAUUAUCGAAAACUGAGCAGCAACCUUGGGACACCUGGGUCUUCACGUACUCCCCCAGCUGGAAGGUCUUUCUCUGGCCUCAAUACCCGUCUCAAGGCCCCACCUUCCACCUACAGUGGAGUCUUCCGCACCCAGCGCAUCGACCUCUACCAGCAGGCCUCCCCCCCGGAUGCCCUGCGCUGGAUGCCGAAGCCUUGGGAGCGGGCAGGGCCACCUUCUCGAGAAGGGCCUUCCCGACGGGCGGAGGAGCCUGGGUCCCGAGGGGACAAGGAACCUGGGUUGCCCCCACCCCGCUGAGGGAGUUCCCCUUGCCCCCCCCCCCCCGGGGUUUGUAUAUAGAUUAUAAAUAUAUAAGGGGGAAAGGGGUGGGUGGUGAGGGGUUGUGGGGCUGGGGCCUCACUUAUCUCCUCCCCCCUCUCCUGGUCCCCUAUCCCUGGGGCUGUUUGUUAAAAAAGGAGAAUAAAAGGAUUAAAAAAAUAUUUCCAAAAUGA